AUGUCGACCAUAACAAGAACAACCCCCGUGACGACAACGUUCGUUCUGCCGGCUCAGACAACCCCGUUCAGCUACCCUUACAACGGGGAUCCAAAUCAGAACCCAUGCAAGCCCUCAGUCUACUGUCCAGUAGCAUACAACCAGGAGCCCUACCUCGAUGCUUUCCCGUGUAUUCUGGCUUUUACUUUGGACGCCAACCAUCUGGACAAGAAGGACAUGUGCUAUCCACCUAGUUACUUUACUCUUUUCUCCGAGUCCUAUCACGGACAGCAUUCGCAAGUCGCGGACAUCACCACCGCCGCAUACCCCGGCACCGCCUGCCCGGCAGACUGGACAACGGCGUAUAUAUUGAGCCACACUGAUACUUCGUCCUUUGAGUCGUCCACCCUCGUCAACCGACAGGCCAUGUGCUGCCAACCAGGCUUCACCUUCACCUCGUACUCGGACAAGACAGACAGCAGAAGCCUCCCCCCUGAGCGCCACUGCGUCAGCUACUUGAGCACAGCCACGGAGAUAUGGGUCUCGUGGGAUCCGCCCGCGCACGACACAUGGUAUACUUGGAAGCUCAACGUUACUGCCACUACGAAUCCGGCUUCGGUAUAUCACUAUCCUUUGCCGCUCGCCCUGCCGCCGAUUGUUGUGGUAGUGGUUACGGAGAAUGUGGCUGCGGCUACGGCUACGGCUACGGCUACGGAUACGGAUGCCCAGGCUGGUUUGGUGAACGGGGACAUAACCCGAGCCACUUUUGAGCCUGGAGCGAUCAGUUUGGCCGAAGAGAGAACCGAAAUUGAAGAGUUGCUGGAUGAUUCGAAGGUUAAGGAUCGGGAUAUAAAUGAUAGAGGGAUAUUGAAGGGAAAACAUUUCAAAACUUGA